AUGCCGAACCAAUCUCGGACAGUAGCCUACGGGCGAGUCCAUAACCUCCAAAUAGUCUCAGUCACACAACUGGCUCCAGAGAGAGAGGGCUACUGGGUGAUCUUCAUCCACGGCGGUGCCUGGCGGGAUCCGGCCGUCACAAACAACUCUUUUGACGCAACCGAAUCCAUCUUGCGCGACACGCCAGGACUGCCAAUUGCAGGAUUCGCAUCAAUCUCAUACCGUCUCAGCGCACACCCAAAUCACCCGCAAGACCCAAUCAGCACUUCCCCGAAGGAUUUCCGCGAUGCAAAGCACCCAAAUCACAUCCGGGACGUGGAAGCAGCGCUCGCAUUCUUGCAGAACACAUACUCAUUCGGUGGACGGUAUAUCUUGGUUGGCCACAGUUGCGGCGCAACGCUUGCCUUCCAGGUCGUGAUGGGCGCGGUGUCAAAUCAUCGCGAGCAGGCAUUUAGCGGGGCAACUGAGAAUCCAGAAAUCAGUGUUGGCGUUGUUUCGGCCUCCCCGGGUCCUCUGCCGCCGCCAUUGACGGCACAACCCACUGCCAUUGUGGGUGUAGCAGGAAUCUAUGACCUGAGGCGACUGCGGGAUUCGCACCCUGAUAUCUCGGCUUAUAGAGAGUUCAUCGAAGGGGCCUUUGAGGCGGAUGAACUUCUCUGGGAUGGAGUGUCGCCGGCGCAAAUGGCUGGGUCGCGUGGCGUAGAAGGAGGCUGGAAGUCUGGAAGGUUAGCGGUGCUGGCACAGUCUAAAGAGGACGAGCUUGUCGAUGAAUCACAGCUUGAAGGCAUGGAAGAAUCUCUCCGACAGUGGGAGAAGCUGGAGGCUCAAAUCCCUGUGCAAGAACUGUCACACCGAGACCGACGAGUUCGUGUGCUGCCUAUUAGCGGUGCCCACGAUGAAGCGUGGGAGCGGGGAGACCAGCUGGCUUAUGCCAUCAUCUACGCCCUCGAGCAGCUGCGGGAAAUGGGGCUGGCUCCUCAGUGA